CCGCGGCGGGUGCGCGCGCGCGCAGCCCGUGGCAAACCCCGACCCUGGGCAGGUGACCGCAAGAGGUCUGCGGGCCCGUCAGUGCGGAGUGAGGCGCGGAGGGAUCCGUGAGAGUCGCAGUGCGACAGCACGCGGACCGGGGGGCGCGCCCACCGGGCGGGGCGGGGCCGGGCUAGGCGGGGCGCGCGCGGCGGCCUUUGGGGACCAUUGGGGCGGGCGGCGGCAGCGGCGGCGCGCGCUGCGGGCAGUGAGCGUAGAGGCGCGGACGCGCGGCGGAGCUCGAGCUGGUGCAGCUGGUGCAGCUGCUGCCGCUGCCGGAGGAACCUCGAUCGCCGCGCUCCGGACACCCGGCUUCGCCAUGGCUGACCAGCUGACUGAGGAGCAGAUUGCUGAGUUCAAGGAGGCCUUCUCCCUCUUUGACAAGGACGGAGAUGGCACUAUCACCACCAAGGAGCUGGGGACGGUGAUGAGAUCCCUGGGACAGAACCCCACUGAAGCCGAGCUGCAGGACAUGAUCAAUGAGGUGGACGCGGAUGGGAAUGGGACCAUUGACUUCCCAGAGUUCCUGACCAUGAUGGCCAGGAAGAUGAAGGACACAGACAGUGAGGAGGAGAUCCGAGAGGCAUUCCGCGUCUUUGACAAGGAUGGCAACGGCUACAUCAGCGCUGCAGAGCUGCGUCACGUCAUGACGAACCUGGGCGAGAAGCUGACCGAUGAGGAAGUGGAUGAGAUGAUCAGAGAGGCCGACAUCGACGGGGACGGCCAGGUCAAUUAUGAAGAAUUUGUACAGAUGAUGACCGCAAAGUGAAGGCCCCGGGCAGCUGGUGAUGCCCAUUCUCUUGAUCUCUCUUCUCGCGCGCGCUCUCUUCGACACUCCCCUGCGUACCCCGGUUCUAGCAAACACCAGUUGGUUGACUGAGAAUCUGAUAAAGCAACAAAGGAUUUGUCCCAAGCUGCAUGAUUGCUCUUUCUCCUUCCUUCUGGAGUCUCCUUCCAUGCCCCCUCAUCUCUUCCUUUUCCCUCCGCCCUUUCCAUCCACUUCUCGCAAGGCCUGAUGCAUUCAUGAGAUGAACCUCCCCAUUCCCCUUGGGAGCCUCUGCCCUCCUCCAGCCCGGGUGGCUCGCCUCCAUUUUGAUCUGCUUCCUUUCAUUUGUCAUCUUCUUUGGGGUGCUGGGGUGGCUGCCAGCCUUGUCCUGAGACCUGCCAGCAGGGCGGAGGCCCUCACCCAGGCAGAGGAGCAUGCCUCUGGCUGUUGCAUGUGAUUGCGUGUGCAGAUCCCAGCAGCCCUUUGGGGCAGGGCUGCCAAAAGGCAUUCCAGAAGGACUGAGGGGGGUUGAAGAAUUGUGGUGUUGUCUGGCUGUGGCCCAGAGACAGGGUCAGGGGCCCGGGCGUCUUGGAAGCUGACAUUCUUCUACCACUUGAGGAAGCUGACUAAGAAGGGGACUGACCGAGUGGACUACACUCAGAUCCCACAGGCUGCUAUCCUGAAACCCUCGGGUUGGCUUCCUGAGGUUAGGCUGGGUGGGGGCUGCUCCACUGGCCACUCUGCGAAUUGUACAGGCCCACGUUCCUAAGGCGGUCUCACGCUGUUCUGUAAAUACCUGGUGCUAACAUCCCGCGCUGCUCACUCAUGACACACCUGCCCACCCGCACCGAGGGCUCCUCUUGGAACGGAUGUUGGGAUGGUCGCUUUGUAAUGUUGUGGCUAUCCUUUUAUUCUCUCUUUAUGCUCCUUAAAACUUUAAUUUUGUCAAAACCAUGCUGGGCUAACUGAAGGAUGGGGAGAGGGAAGAUGCGCCCCACCUCGCUCUGGAGAGAACACACCUGCAAUAAAACAGUCUUGUCCGCUCGGCCCGCCCCUCCCACUUCUCUUCGUGGUGGCCCCUCCGCAGCCCCUCCAUAUCUGUGCUGUGCCCAUGCCGCCUCUCCCCGCCUGUCCCCUCCCCCGCCUGCCUGCCCCCACACUCCCCCAGCGGAGAGCAUGAUCCGUGGCUUUGCUUCUGACUUUCGCCUCUGGGACAAGUCAAUGUGGGCAGUUGGGUCGUCUGGACAUUUUUUCUCCUUUUCUGUUGGUUUCAUCGACCCCACCCACCCAGACUGAUCAAGUGGCUUUUCCUGGGACCUGCCCAGCUUGGAGAAUCUCUCCUCAUCCACCCCCUGGCACCCAGCCUCCAGGAGGGAGGGGCAGGGCAUAGUGGGAGACCCAGCCAAGAGCUGAGGGUGAGGGCAGGUAGGUGGGAGGCUGUGGACGUUUUUGGAGUGUUUUGGUUUCAGUUCUGUUUUGUUUUUUUAAACCGGGCAAUAUUGUGUUCAGUUCAAGCUGUGAAGAAAAAUAUAUAUCAAUGUUUUCCAAUAAAAUACAGUGACUACCUGA